CGAUACGGCUCCGCGUGUCCGCUUUCGUCGUCCGAUCUCGACGUUCCGAUCGCAAGCUGAUCAUUUUCCUACAAUCAUACGUUCCGUUAAUUAAUUAUACAAAAUCAAGUUAUAUUAUUUUUAAUAUCCCUUUAGUGUUAAUCACCCUAGUAGUUUUUAUUUCAUUUAUUUAUUAUAUUAUUUUAUUCAUUGCAAACACAUUUUUCGAGCAUAAAAUCUCGUAUAUAUGUUUGAGAGCAAAUCGAUAGUGUAUAUUAUUCCGUCAUUCAUUCAUCCAUCGAUUGAAUGUUGACUUUUUUUCUUUCUGCCACUACUACUACUACUACUACUACUACUACUACUACUACUUCUACUACUACUACUGCUGCUACUAUUAUUGAUGAUUUUUUAUAACCUGUGAAAGCUUAAUGCUCAAGAAAUGAAAUAUUGCGGUUACUUCUGAAACUGCAUUUAGAUCUCGUCAGACUCUCACAUGGUCUCUGUUUUGUUCCCCGACCCACUCUACUGCCUCCAGUCGUCGUGGCUCCCUCUUGUCGCCGUUUCAUGCUUCACGUUUCAGUGGCGAGUUUUACUCGCGCCUGAAGUACAAGAUCAGCUUCUACGGAUAUAUUUCUAGAUAGCGAGUAUUACGUGAGAGGACUUAUUCCUCUGUGGGUGUACGUGUUCACUUUGUGUUGGGGCAGUUCAACAAAAAAAUAACUAUAUCGUCAUUGUUAAAUAUAGAAUUGAAGAAGACAUUUAAACUAAUGUUAGAAGAUAUUGAACGUAGAUGAAGAUAAUGCAAAACGUGUUGUCCAACUCUUACAUGUAAUACCUUAGGAAAGGUCAAAACUUGGUGAUAAACAAUAAAAUAAUCGACUUAUAUCUGAUACGAGGCUUCUUUUCAACGUGGAAACAUAAGUGAUCACAUUUAAUAUUCCUCGAAGAUUUGAGGACGAAAAACCGAUUAACAAAUAUCAUAGUUAGAAUGGAUACAUUCCUUAUUAUCGGCAUUUUCUUUUUCUGUUACGAGAUGUGUGACUUGAUCAGGCGUUACGCCACGCCACAACAAACGGAUCUUCAUCGAUCGGUCGAAUCUCCCGCGGCACCACCACCACCUCAAAGGAUUUUUUCCAUUUCACGAAAAAUACAGAAUCCAUCUGCAACCUGCUGUCCACGAUAGACCAGAAAAUCUGAAAAUUUGUCUUCUGAUUAAACGUGUUGAUUUUAUCUUUCAUCCGACGGGAUUGUAUCUUUCUAUAGGAUACAACAUAUUACGAUUAUGACGCAAGGAAGAAGAUUGGAUCAGUCAUCAUUUAUUCAAGAUUCGAUUUCAAUCCUGAUGAGAUCUAUUCUAUCUGUGGAUAUUAAUUCGAUUAAUAUUUCGUCUUUCGGAUCUAUAAUUCCAUCAAUUUCUGAAUCAACGACUCUACUAUCAAGAAAUUCUAAUUUCAUUCAUAAAAGAAUGUUCAUGUCAUCGAAUUAUUGAACUUUGAUCACUGUUUGAAUCAAAAAUUAGACUUGAUCAACUAAUUCUAUAAGAAGUGAAUGUAAAAUGCGUUAAAGUCGAAAAUAUUUUUCCGCCGGCGUAAUAAAGGAAUCAGUUUUCUUUACGACCGUUUGCGUUUUGCUAGCCAAGAACCAUAAAGACCGUCGCAUUGAUCAUAGAAAACUCAUCGAGUGCAACAAGAAAGUUUCACUUCUCUCAAUCUAUCUCCCUCUGUCUAUCCAACGAUAUCUAUGAACGUAAACACAUUUUAUGAUAUCCCUUGGAGGGUGUGUGCGUACUCACGUACGCGUGUUUAGUGUCGUAAAAUUUGAUAUUCAGGAUAGUGUUCGAUCCUGUUGCAUGUUUGAACGACGUUUAUGCUAUGGCUAGAUUAAAUUUGUUGACUUUACGCGAUAAGUGAAAUAUGAAUUUUUUGUGAAAAAUAUAUAUUAUUAUUAUUAUAAGGAUUUAACUGUGUUCUACAUAAGAUAUAUGUAUUUCGAUUAAGUGUCAGUUAAAAUAAUAAAAAAGAAAAAAGAAAAAAAAAAGAAAAAUAGAUCUAUUUGAUUAAUCGUCGAAGACGAAAUAAGGAUCACUCGCGUGAUUUUCGCGAUCCAUAGUGAUCCUAAAGAAGAUAAGUAAAAAAGGGAAUAAGAGAAAUGGACUCGCUGGAACGACUAAUGAGCGCCGGUUCUCACCAUCCAUCCCUUACGGCAGCCACGCGAUCGCAAAACGCCUUUGUACAGGCCAAUCUCUGCUCUGUGAUCGGUCGUAAGGGUCGACACCUUACCGGCACCUUCUGUUUGACCGGAGACACGAUGGAGGGUAUCAUUCAGUGCCUCGUCUUUCUUAAAGCCUUUUCGCUCGUGGGCGGAGAGUUCGACAUGGAGUUGAACUUCGUGAUACAAGAUGCGCAGAACAUCAGGCACAUGUUAGAACUUCUGGAUCACUGCCCACCUAAUCUCCAGGCCGAAAUAUGGAGCGUAUUUAUUGCGAUUUUAAGGAAAAGCGUUCGGAAUUUACAGGCAUGUACAGAUGUAAGUCUUAUAGAACACGUGCUGCAUCGAUUAUCGCAAGCGGAGACUGUUGUUGCAGAUUUAUUGAUCGAUAUGCUCGGAGUAUUAGCGAGCUACAGUAUUACCGUAAAGGAGCUGAAACUUCUCUUCGGCGCCAUGAAAGCGGUUAAAGGAAAAUGGCCGCGACAUUCGGCGAAACUUUUGAAUGUACUUCGUCAAAUGCCGCAACGAAAUGGACCCGACGUAUUUUUCAGUUUUCCUGGUAGAAAAGGUUCGGCAAUAGUAUUACCUCCACUAGCAAGGUGGCCGCACGAGAACGGGUUCACAUUCACCACGUGGUUUCGUCUGGACCCCAUCAACUCGGUUAAUAUCGAACGAGAAAAGCCGUACCUCUACUGUUUCAAGACUAGUAAGGGAGUAGGAUACUCAGCGCAUUUCGUGGGCAAUUGCUUAGUCCUCACGUCUAUGAAAGUGAAGGGCAAGGGCUUCCAGCACUGUGUCAAAUAUGAAUUUCAACCGCGAAAGUGGUAUAUGAUCGCCGUAGUAUACAUAUAUAAUAGAUGGACCAAAAGCGAAAUUAAGUGUUUAGUCAACGGUCAAUUGGCUUCGAGUACCGAAAUGGCAUGGUUCGUGUCGACGAACGACCCAUUCGACAAGUGUUAUAUCGGAGCUACACCGGAAUUGGACGAGGAACGAGUAUUCUGUGGUCAAAUGAGCGCGAUAUAUCUAUUUAGUGAGGCACUUACAACUCAUCAGAUAUGCGCUAUGCACAGAUUAGGACCUGGAUAUAAGAGUCAAUUUCGUUUUGACAACGAGUGUUACCUGAAUCUGCCAGACAAUCACAAAAGGGUGAGUGAUGAGCAGGAGCUCACGAGCAUGGUGGACCAAAGUAUGCAAACUGUACUUUACGACGGAAAACUGUCGAAUGCUAUUGUGUUCAUGUACAACCCAGUGGCUACGGACUCUCAACUUUGUUUGCAAAGUGCACCGAAAGGAAAUGUUCCAUACUUUGUACAUACACCGCACGCUCUAAUGCUUCAGGACGUCAAGGCUGUUAUUACGCAUUCGAUACACAGUACAUUAAAUUCUAUCGGUGGUAUCCAAGUACUGUUUCCUCUCUUUUCGCAAUUAGAUAUGCCUUACGAUUGUAUAGCACCGAAUGACAUCAAACGAGAUCCUACAUUAUGUUCGAAAUUGUUGGGCUUUAUUUGUGAUCUUGUAGAGAGCUCUCAAACGGUUCAACAACAUAUGGUACAGAAUCGUGGAUUUUUGGUAAUUAGUUACAUGCUCCAGAGAGCUAGCAGAGAUCAUCUGACUACAGAAGUUCUAGCAUCCUUUUUAGAACUAACAAAACAUCUGGUAACCUGCCUCAGUGCGAACAGCGAUCUGUUGCUAAAACAGUUGUUUUAUUUUUCAUUCCUAACCUGGCAGCUAUUGGAUCACGUCCUUUUUAAUCCCGCUCUAUGGAUAUACACGCCAGCGCCGGUACAAACCCGGCUUUAUUCGUACUUGGCCACAGAGUUCCUCAGCGAUACGCAAAUUUAUUCAAACGUUAGACGCGUCUCUACCGUUCUUCAAACGGUACACACGCUCAAGUAUUACUAUUGGGUUGCUAAUCCCCGUGCCAAGAGUGGAAUAACGCCGAAAGGACUCGACGGACCACGACCUCAACAAAAGGAUAUUUUGACAAUACGUUCUUAUAUUUUGCUAUUUCUUAAACAAUUGAUUAUGAUCGGUAAUGGCGUGAAGGACGACGAAUUGCAGAGUAUUUUAAAUUAUUUAACAACGAUGCACGAGGAUGAUAAUUUACACGACGUUUUACAAAUGCUUAUUUCUUUGAUGUCCGAGCAUCCAUCUUCAAUGGUACCAGCGUUCGACGCGAAACAGGGCGUGAGAACGAUCUUCAAACUUUUAGCAGCGGAAAGUCAAUUGAUUCGUCUUCAAGCAUUGAAAUUGUUAGGAUUCUUUCUUAGUCGCAGUACACAUAAAAGGAAAUACGAUGUAAUGAGCCCACACAAUUUGUAUACUCUACUAGCCGAAAGAUUAUUAUUAAAUGAAGAAACAUUGUCUUUACCAACUUACAACGUUUUAUAUGAGAUAAUGACGGAACACAUAAGUCAACAAAUACUUUAUGCCAGGCAUCCCGAGCCAGAGUCGCAUUAUCGUUUAGAAAAUCCUAUGAUUCUUAAAGUAGUAGCAACAUUGAUACGACAAUCAAAGCAAACGGAACAAUUGUUAGAAGUUAAAAAAUUAUUUCUCUCCGAUAUGACAUUACUUUGCAAUAACAAUCGUGAAAAUCGUCGAACCGUAUUACAAAUGUCCGUCUGGCAAGAAUGGCUUAUAGCAAUGGCUUAUAUCCAUCCAAAAAAUACAGAAGAACAAAAGAUAUCCGAUAUGGUUUAUUCCCUCUUUCGAAUGCUUCUUCAUCAUGCUAUUAAACACGAAUAUGGUGGUUGGCGUGUUUGGGUCGAUACUUUGGCGAUAGUACAUUCAAAGGUAUCCUACGAGGAAUUUAAACUUCAGUUCGCUCAGAUGUACGAGCAUUAUGAAAGACAGAGAUCCGAUAAUAUAACGGAUCCUGAAUUAAGGCAACAAAGACCCAUUAGUACAAUUUCAGGUUGGGAUCAGCAACAUUCAGGUAAUAAUGGUUACAAUCGACCAUCGCCUUGGACUAAUCAACAAAAUCAUGAAGCUCAACACGUUGAAAGGAAUUACAAAGAGUUUGAUGGAACCGAAGGAAACGAACGUAUGGAGGAAACAUGUAGCUGUGAUUUAAACUCUAUAGAUAACACCGAAAGCGACGGAAGUCCGGCGAUCGUUAAAUCCCAUAGCGAAACAUUGGAUACCAUGCAAUCUAGCGAAGCAGUCUCUUUAGAUUCAAGAUUAAGCGACAAGCCAGAGACGCCAACUACGGCACGAGAGAUUCACACAGACACACCGACAAUUUUGGAAGAGGCGAAUAGUGAAGUAGCUUCUUUACCAACAACUCAAGAGACCAGCGAGGUGAUAUCGAUCGAAAGCUCCAGCGAUGUUUAUAGCGAAGUACAGAAAAGUCCAAGCCCGGAUACUAUGGUGAUUCAGUCAAGUACGGUACAGAAAGAAGAUGAAAGUAUCCAACAGGAAAUGAUAGUCCCUACGAAAGAUCAAAUAGAAGAUAAUGAAAAUAAUAAAACGAAUGACGAUAUUGUUAUUGAGAAAGAGGAAGUUGAAAAAGAAGCGACGAAGAACGAAGAUAAUUUGAAUGAUGAAAAAACUGCCGAACCCGUAGAAUCUAAUGACUUUGAAACAAAGAAAGAAGAUAACGAUGAUAAAUCUCAAUUAUUAGCUGAAAACAAUGACGCGAGUAGUAUUAAAGAAGAGAGUCCUAAGAAAGAUAAAAUCGACAUAGAAAGUUCUGAAAAGGCGGAAGAAUCCGUCGAUGAUGAAAAGCAAUCAGAAAUCAUAAACGAUAUGGGUAAGGAAGAAUCGGAAUCAUUAGAGCAUGCUGACGAUUCAAAGUACCUUGAGAAACUUCAAUUAGAAAAUGAUAGAGAAAUCAUAGAUAGUGACACUUCUGAAGCAUAUCUGACACCAACGGAACAACAAGAGACAUCUGCGGAGACGAAGACGAAUGUCGAAGAUGUCGCAAAGAUGGAUGAGAAAGAUUUUGCCGAAAAAGUAGGUGUUGUUGAAGAAAGAAACGUUAGAGUAGACGAGGACGCCGAAGAAAUUCAGGAUGCUUCAAAAAGUCCUGAAAAUUCGAUCGAUAGAGUAGAAACUGAUGAUAACGCGAAAACCAUAGAUAGCAACGAUGAUAAAAUAGAAGAUAAAGUAGAAGAAGAAGAAGAAGAAGAAGUAGAUAAGGAAGUGGAAAAAGUCGUAGUGAGUAGUACUUUGGAGAGCGACGAACGUGUCGUGGACACUUUAAAGGACGACAAAAGUGCUGUUAUUAAUAGUAACGACGACGAACAGGUAACUGAAAAACACUCAAGAGAGCCGUCCACUAUUUCUACUAGCGUAAGUGAUAAUAAGUCAGACAUUCCGGUGAGAACCGAGGAGGUAGGAGUAACGGAUAGUGUUUCUAGUAAUAGCGAUAUUCAAAGUUCUGUAGAUAAUGUGACGCAAGUGCCAAAUCCUAAACAGCAAAUCCCAACAAUAUCUACAGUCUGUGAUGCUACUAAAAGUUUACCCGACGGUGUGCCUCAAAACGUUAGUUCUAAUGUGAUUGCAAUGGACAAUCCAAUUACUACGAAUGACUUAACUCCAGAUCAUGUAGAUGCCCACCGCAGAUCCAGUUUACCGAUCGUAUCCUCCGAGAGCAAUGCCGAGGACCCUCCUUCUUUACCUGUUCCCUUACGAAAGACAUCAUCACCCCAGAAAAGACCAAGGAGUGCCUCAACGUCCACACAAGUGGAUCCGAAUCAUUUCGAAUCGAAAAGAACUAAGCAAGGAAAUCCUUCCACCAGACCAAUGUUCAGUCCAGGGCCUACCCGGCCACCAUUCAGAAUACCGGAAUUUAAAUGGUCAUACAUUCAUCAGCGAUUAUUAUCGGAUGUUCUCUUUUCUCUCGAAACAGAUAUUCAAGUUUGGAGAAGUCAUUCGACAAAAUCGGUAUUGGACUUUGUGAAUAGUAGCGAAAAUGCAAUUUUCGUAGUCAAUACUGUUCAUUUGAUCUCUCAAUUAGCUGACAAUCUUAUCAUAGCUUGUGGUGGGCUGUUACCACUUUUAGCUUCUGCUACAUCGCCAAACAGUGAGUUAGAUGUAAUUGAACCAACUCAGGGGAUGCCGAUAGAAGUAGCAGUUUCAUUUCUUCAAAGGUUAGUCAACAUGGCUGAUGUGCUAAUCUUCGCAAGCUCCUUGAAUUUCGGUGAACUCGAGGCUGAGAAGAACAUGUCCAGCGGUGGAAUUCUAAGACAGUGUUUGCGACUGGUCUGUACAUGUGCCGUUAGAAACUGCUUAGAGUGUAAAGAGCGUGGCAGAUCGUACAGCAUGUUAGGUCGACAGAUUGGUACUAGUAAUAAAUCACAGCAUAUACAGUCUCUAAUACGAGGAGCUCAGACAUCGCCCAAGAACAUAGUGGAUAAUCUGGCUCAUCAGUUAAGUCCUGUGAAGGAUCCGGAAAAAUUACUUCAAGACAUGGAUGUGAAUCGCUUGAGAGCUGUGAUAUACAGAGAUGUUGAAGAAACCAAGCAGGCACAGUUUCUGUCCCUGGCUAUAGUUUACUUCAUCUCUGUACUAAUGGUCUCGAAGUAUCGCGAUAUUCUGGAACCACCGAUAUCUCAACGUCCACCAAGUCCUGUUCAGACGAUACAAACUAAUGGUGCCGGGUUGAGACCGGGUAGCCCUUCAGGAGAUGGGAAUGGUGGUGGAGGAGGUCGGCCCCUGUUUCCACAGUGGUCUCACCACGUGUACCCACAGUUCCUCCCGGGAUCUCACCCUAACGCCAAUACGAAUGCCAAUGCCAAUGCCAACCAUCACAUCAGCCAGCACCACCACCAGCACCCGCUACCGGCUGCCAGGCACUCUAAUCGCCAGCCACCUUCCAGCUAUUAUCUCCCGAAUCACCAUAACAACCAUUACAAUCAUCACCCGAACAACCAUAAUUAUCAUCGACACCAUCAUUAUCAUCAUCACAAUAACAACAACCAUCACCAUACGCUUCAAAAACAUAUAGAUCAGCCCCGAAAUCUCUGUCAUAGAAACUCCGCUGUCGGUCUGCAAGGGAGCGCAGGCAUGAUAAGCCAGUCCGGUUCUCAAGAUGAUGGAGAAUACGAAGUUAUUAUAGUGGACGAAAAUAAUUCCUCCAUCUUGGCCGACCAGGACGUUACGUCGUCCGGUCCACCAUCUACCAAGGGAGGUCACAGUGGUGUACCUCGACCACGGACAAUUCUCGAGGAUUACACCUCGUCAGAACCAACGCUUGGCUCUUCUACGAGGUCCGAACCACUGCCACGAAAUCUUCAGAGCAACGACUCCAGCGAAGAGGCUGUUCAUCGUAGCAACAUCACUGCGGAUCCAAGUCCGUCGGAAGUGACGACGGAUAACGAGAAUAAACAUAAUUCAUCUGAGGAAGCCUGGACCGACGUGAAUUUGAACGAGGAUGGUGACACUGUACCCAUACCAAAUCCUCGAGAGGAUCCUCGAAAUAUUCAUAACAUCGCUCAUUCUCGAGGUGAUCUUCAAAACAACGAAGAUAACGUUCUGGACCAAGAGAUAGUUGGAAGUGCGGAACGAGGAGAAAAACCUACAGCUGAAAUUUCCGUAGUUCGUGUACCGGAUAGAUUGGUUGUCAAUCCGGCAUCUCCGAGACCGGACGAUCUACCGAUCAAAGGAUUGGUCGAUCAUCUUCCUGUACCAACACCGUCAAGAGAAGCUUCGCUUACACAAAAGUUAGAAAUGGCGCUUGGUUCUGUUUGUCCUCUUCUUCGAGAAAUUAUGGUCGACUUUGCGCCCUUCCUUUCAAAAACGUUAGUCGGAUCGCACGGACAAGAACUUUUAAUGGAAGGGAAAGGCUUAACCACGUUCAAGAACAGCAAUUCCGUGGUAGAACUAGUGAUGCUGUUGUGUUCUCAGGAAUGGCAGAAUUCUUUACAAAAAUAUGCUGGUCUUGCUUUUAUCGAGCUCAUCAACGAGGGCAGAUUGUUGUCCCACGCGAUGAAAGAUCAUAUAGUAAGAGUUGCUAACGAAGCAGAAUUUAUUUUAAAUCGAAUGAGAGCAGACGAUGUAUUGAAACACGCGGACUUUGAGUCACAGUGCGCUCAAACGUUGUUAGAUCGACGAGAAGAGGAAAGAAUGUGCGAUCAUUUGAUUACAGCAGCACGGAGACGAGAUAACGUGAUCGCAAGUAGAUUGCUUGAAAAAGUUCGUAAUAUUUUAUCAAACAAACAUGGCGCCUGGGGUUACAUGGAUCCAAUGGCUGCAAAGCUGGCCGAAUAUUGGAAGCUAGAUGCUUGGGAGGAUGAUGCACGUAGACGUAAGCGUUUCGUGCACAAUCCACUAGGCUCGAGCCAUCCCGAAGCUACGCUGAAGGCAGCCCUUGAACACGGUGCACCCGAGGAUGCGAUCCUUCAGGCGCGGGAAGAGUUUCACGCGCAUCUCGCAGCCUCGCGUGCACAUCAGCAACAAUUGCAGUCGGCGGAUCUAAUGGACGACAGCGAGCUUCUCUCGGAUGAUAGAGAUCUCGACAACGACUUAACAGGUCCAGUAAAUAUUAGUACGAAAGGAAAAUUAAUUGCACCGGGAAUAGUUGCGCCUGGAAUUAUUUCCGUCACGUCAACGGAGCUAUAUUUCGAGGUAGACGAAGAGGACGUGGAAUUCAAGAAAAUUGACAAUGAGGUAUUGAAAUACUGCGAUCAUCUACACGGAAAAUGGUACUUCUCCGAGGUCCGAGCUAUCUUCUCUCGUCGUUAUCUUCUUCAGAAUGUAGCGAUCGAGAUCUUCCUUGCAAGCAGAACAUCGAUCCUGUUCGCGUUCCCGGAUCAGACGACGGUGAAAAAGGUGAUCAAGGCGCUACCGCGAGUCGGCGUUGGCAUCAAAUACGGGAUUCCGCAGACUAGGAGAGCAUCGAUGAUGUCGCCUAGGCAAUUGAUGAGAAGUUCUAACAUGACGCAGAAAUGGCAGCGUCGGGAGAUUUCCAACUUUGAAUACUUGAUGUUCCUAAAUACGAUUGCUGGUCGAACUUACAACGAUUUAAAUCAGUACCCAGUUUUUCCUUGGGUUCUGACUAAUUAUGAAACUAAAGAACUCGAUUUGAGCUUACCCAGCAAUUAUCGCGACCUGUCAAAGCCAAUUGGUGCUUUGAACCCAAGUAGGAGAGCUUAUUUCGAAGAACGCUUCCAAAGUUGGGAACACGACAGCAUACCACCGUUCCAUUAUGGAACUCAUUAUUCCACCGCUGCAUUUGUCUUGAAUUGGAUGAUACGCGUGGAACCAAUGACUACAAUGUUUUUGGCACUCCAAGGUGGAAAGUUUGAUCAUCCGAAUAGACUGUUCUCAUCCAUUGCCCUUUCCUGGAAGAAUUGUCAGCGCGAUACAUCGGAUGUCAAGGAACUUAUCCCAGAAUUCUUCUUCCUACCGGAAAUACUUGUCAACAGCAAUCGUUAUCGUCUUGGUAGACAGGAAGAUGGUAGCGCAGUCGGUGACGUUGAAUUACCUCCUUGGGCAUCUUCACCUGAAGAAUUUAUUAGGAUCAAUCGAAUGGCACUCGAGUCUGAAUUCGUAUCUUGUCAAUUACAUCAGUGGAUCGAUUUAAUAUUUGGUUACAAACAAAAAGGUCCUGAGGCAGUACGAGCUACAAACGUAUUCUAUUAUCUCACAUAUGAAGGUAGUGUUGAUUUGGAAUCGAUAACAGAUCCGAUGAUGAAAGAAGCGAUAGAAAAUCAAAUAAGAAACUUUGGACAAACUCCGUCGCAGCUUUUAAUGGAACCACAUCCACCCAGAAGUUCAGCUAUGCAUUUGGAUACUUUAUGGACCUCUUCGACGAAGCUGCAUAAGACUCUUCCCAUUUUGCAGUCACCGAUGAUGUUCUCCAGUAUACCGGAUGACGUUUGCAUGACGAUCAAGUUCCCAUCAAAUUCACCGAUCUGUCAUAUAUCAGCCAAUACCUAUCCACAAUUACCAUUACCAUCGGUCGUUACUGUUACAACCGGACAACAAUUCGCUGUUAAUCGAUGGAAUACCAAUUAUGCUGCAUCGGUACAAUCCCCAAGUUAUGCCGAUACACCUCAAGCUCAAGCAGCAAAUCAACCUCUCUCCAUGGAUCCAGUUCUAUCUCAAACAGCAAAUAGCUCGAAUCCAGCGUUACGUCGGCACUUGGGUGACAAUUUCAGUCAGAAAUUAAAAAUUCGAAGCAAUUGUUUCGUUACCACAGUGGAUAGCCGAUUUUUGGUAGCUUGCGGUUUUUGGGAUAACAGUUUUCGUGUAUUCUCAACUGAGACAGCCAAAAUCGUCCAGAUCGUCUUCGGUCAUUACGGCGUGGUAACAUGUUUAUCUCGUAGCGAAUGCAACAUCACUUCCGAUUGUUAUAUUGCUUCCGGAAGUGCUGAUUGUACAGUAUUGUUAUGGCAUUGGAAUGCUAGAACGCAGACAAUUGUUGGUGAGGGUGAAGCACCUGCUCCUCGUGCUACAUUAACUGGUCAUGAGCAACCGGUCACGGCUGUUGUCAUUUCGGCAGAACUGGGCUUGGUCGUUUCCGGUUCAUACUAUGGACCUGUUUUGGUACACACGACGUUCGGUGAUCUUCUAAGGUCCCUCGAAGCACCAAACGGAUUUUCAUCUCCCGAGAAUAUCGCUAUGUCGCGGGAAGGUGUAAUCGUUGUAAAUUAUGAACGUGGACACGUCGCAGCUUUCACCAUUAAUGGAAAGCGUCUACGUCAUGAAUCGCACAACGAUAAUCUUCAGUGCUUGCUGUUGAGCAGAGACGGCGAGUAUCUGAUGACCGGUGGUGACAAAGGGAUCGUAGAAGUUUGGCGAACGUUUAAUCUUGCUCUACUCUACGCUUUUCCAGCUUGCGAGAGCAGCGUGCGUUCUUUGGCACUCUCUCAUGAUCAAAAGUUUCUGCUAGCCGGUCUAGCUAAUGGUUCGAUCGUAAUAUUCCACAUCGAUUUCAACAGGUGGCAUCAUGAAUUCCAACAACGUUACUGAAACUACUGCUUCUUCCUCCUCUAGCGAGCGAAUGCUUUUUCGCAUUCUUUCGCGAAGAUCGACACUAAGCGAGCACGGAUCUUUACGAAAUCCGUGCCGGAAAAUAACAACGACACGCUUAUUCCAAAUAUCGACGAGUAAGGAACUAUAAAAAAAAAAAAAAAACAAAGAUGACCUGUGUGUUUCUGUGCAAGGAAGAGUUUAAGAAAAAAAAGGCAAGCAUAGAGAAGGGCGAAUCCGUAUUAAAUAAUUAACAAUUAUUCCGCGUACAGCAAUAAAGCUCGCUUUUUACAGAUUGAACAAGAAAAAAAGUAGUACUUUUUCAAACGUUUUACGAAAAGAAAAUAUUUAAACAUUGCUGAUAGUGAAAGAAAGAAAGAGAGAGAGAGAAAGUUAAAAAUAGUGUGUGAGAGAGAAAAGUCGAUAGUGAAGACAAAUAUUCGCUCGAUUUUUGCACUUUCAUUUUGCCCUAUUUUAUAUUGAAAUGGACUGUCGGAAAAAACGAAAGAAAUUUUUCUUCAAUUUUCCGACAGUCCCGAUCGAUGAAAGCUAAAAGCUCGCUUUGAGCUUUAUAAUCGAGCGAUUAACACGCUCAAUGCUAGUCAAUUAAUCAAGACACGGAAGUAGCCAAGUUAUUUUCACGUUUUCGAUAAACAAAGCGGAUCGGAAUUGACAAUGAAAAAGUAAACGCAAAAUAAUUAAAAAUAUUUAAAAAAGAAAAAAGCAAACAAAA